CCCGCCGAUCUUGGGCCUGGCGUCCUUUAAAGAGGGGAACGAGCCAAUGCUGCGGUUCGCUCGAGAUUCCCCACCUCGCCAUGGCUUGCUCUUCGCCAACCAGAUGCCAGGACCACGCAACGUUAUCACAGAUCGGGCUUAUCAGCGAAUCUCGCGGGUGCUCCGACAUUUGUGCCGCGGGUUGGAUAAGCCACGCUGGCCUGGGCUUAUCAGAUAUCUGCCCAGCAUCUCGGCGGGGAGACAGGCGCGGAUCGGCCGACAAGACGGGAGAGAUACGCUGCGGCCGACAGAGAUAAAUACACGCACCUCGUCAUGGUGGGGUUCAAUUACCUUGGGGCCAUUGCUGGGGUGCUACAAAGUAGAAUGGCUGUCGAAACCGCUCCCACCGAGGGCGAACGCCGGACCCAGGCGGCUGAAGCAGCUCAGCCUUCCAAACAUGCACAGGUGCAGGUAUCCCAGGAUGUGGUCGACGAGGUGACCGAGGGUACCCAUGGCCGAAAGACCUCGAAGCUCUCCGUUUUGCUGAUGAUCGUGUUUUCCGGCCUUGCCAUUGGGUCGGAUGGCUUCAACGCGUCCAUUAUCGGCAAUCUCGAGCUGAUCAUGGAAGUCAUCUACCCAAAGUCGCUCACCACGGCCGUGGCGUCCCGCUUGUCCAACGCCUUUAUGGUCGGCAUGAUUAUUGGGAUGUUGUCGUUCGGGUAUGUGUCGGAUAAGGUGGGCCGCAAGGCCGGCGCGGUCUUGACCACGGUGAUUCUGGUGCUGGGGAUUGUUUUGAGCGCUGCUGCGAGCGGGACGGACCACGAGGGAAUGUUCUGGAUGUUGAUUGUUGCGCGAGGCAUUGCUGGCGUCGGUGCAGGCGGGGAGUAUCCUGUCGCCGGAGCGGGCGCGGCAGAGGCAACCGAUGAGGAGAGAGCUGUGCGGAACAGACGGGGUUUUAUCUUUGCGAUGAUCUCCGACCUAUCGGCGUCGCUUGGGUUCGCCUUCGGUGCCCUUGUCCCCCUCCUGCUGCUACUCUGCUUCCACCAGCAAGUCCGUCACUAUGAAGCGGUCUGGCGGAUCUCCUUGGCCCUUGGGGUGAUCCCACCGCUGUCAAUCUUCUGGUUUCGCUACCGGAUGGCAGUCAGCUCCGCCUAUCGCAAGAGUGCGAUGCAGAAGCAACCCGUCCCCUACUGGUUGGCACUGAAGCGGUACUGGCGCCCCUUGCUGGGUACCUGUGCUUCUUGGUUCAUCUAUAAUUACAUCUCCUACCCCUUUGGGCUCUUUUCGUCGACGAUCGUCGACCGCGUGAACCCGACCUCCUCCCUGGCGCUGACCAUGGCUUGGGGCACCCUCAUCAAUUGUUUCUACAUCCCGGGAGCGUUCAUCGGUGGCUUCCUGUCCGACCGGAUCGGGCGGCGGCGAACGAUGGCGCUGGGUUAUCUCCUUCAGGCCGCCUUAGGGUUUAUCCUGGGUGGCGCGCUGGGUCCCAUCGAACAGUCGCUACCGUUGUUCAUCGUGCUGUACGGCGUGUUCCUCACGCUUGGGGAGGUGGGACCGGGAUCGACCAUCGUGGUGACGGCCAGUGAAAGUUUUCCGACCGCCAUUCGGGGCCACGCUGUGGGAUUUGCGGCGGCGUGGAGCAAGGCGGGGGCCGCCAUCGGGACGGCGGUCUUCAAGCCGAUCCUAGCGAGCUGGGGCGAUGAUGCGUCUCGAGGCACGCAGGCUGUCUUUCUCAUUGGAUCCGGGUUCGCUGUCCUUGGGGGGUUGCUGGCAUGGUUUGUGUUCCAGGAUACGGAUCAAGCGUUGGACAAUGAGGAUCAGGCUUGGAAAGAAUAUCUGGCUGCCAACGGCUAUGCAGAUGUACAAUGGGGCGUUGCUGAUCGCCAGGGCCAGGAGCUGGAAUCCAAGGCGAUGCAGGGGUAGUCUCGAGGGUUCAUUUCCUGCUCGAUUGAGAGUCUUUCAUCAUGAUACUCCCAUUAUUAUCACAAUGACAGUCUUUCCCAUUUGUUUGUUCAUCUGAUGCCAUUGGAAACGAUACCACCUUCUUCGGCCCAGUUCUUACGUGCAACGCCGGUUGUGCCUAUAUCUCAUCGAUUCAUAUCGCACGGAGUCCACCGAAACGUGUAUCAGGAGCAACCUUGUUGUCGCACAUGUGCCAGUCUGGCUCUGAUGAAACCGGCAUGUGGAUUUGCGUGGCAGUCACAAGCAUUGCCCUUCUGACAUCCUAUGUUACCACGAGGGGUGGUACCUAAUUUGGUCAUGGGAUCGAACGACCUCUGGGGGUUCCGUACUUCCUCGCGGUCCAGCUGCUCUCCCCUCGCUUCGAUGCCCUCAAAUUCCUGGACGUCCAGAGUGAACAAACCGGGCAGGAAUGCGAGCGAACGCAUCUAGCCUCCGGAGCAUUUAG